AUCAAUUGAAGAUGAAAGAUGAAGAGGAGGGAAAUAUGUAUUCCGUCAAAUGUAAAGUUAUCAAGGUUAAGAAUGGGUGGUGCUAUGUUGGAUGUGGAACCUGUCCACAAAAACUUGAAGAAGAAUCAGAUGAGUACUUCUGUGGGACCUGUAUGACGACGUUAAAGACCACAACAUCAAGAUUCAGGAUACAACUUCGAGCCGCGGACAAAACAACUCAAGCAGACUUUGUUGUUCUGGAUCGAGAGAGUGCUCGAUUUUUUGGUAUAUCUGCUGAGAAACUAUUCCAAGACAACGAUCGAAUGAGAGGACCACCACCUGCUCAUCUACUACAAAUUGAGGGAAUGACUCUGAAAUUCGACAUCAAGCUCACUGAUUAUAACAUCGCAAACCCAACAAGUGAGUACACAAUUUGGAAGAUUGGGCUGGAG